AUCUCCUCUACUACAUUCUCUUCUCAUAUCUUGCCGACGAACCCCUAGAGCCGCCGCCCCUCACUAGAAGAUCUCAGUUUUUUUUUCUCUGAAAGUAUGGCACUCGACGUGGCGCCGAGAAUGCGGUGGGGAGAGUUGGAAGAGGACGACGGAGAGGAUCUCGAUUUUCUGUUGCCUCCUAAGCAGGUAAUCGGCCCCGAUGAGAAUGGAAUCAAGAGGGUUAUUGAAUACAAGUUUGACGACGCUGGAAAUAAGAUCAAAAUAACCACAACCUCCCGAGUCCGCAAGCUCGCCAAGGCUCACCUGAGCAAGAGAGCGAUAGAGCGCCGCAAUUGGCCCAAGUUUGGUGACGCUGUCCAUGAGGAUGUUGGUAGCAGGCUUACCAUGGUCUCCACUGAGGAGAUCCUUCUUGAAAGGCCUAGAGCCCCUGGUAGCAAGCAAGAAGAAACCAAGGUAGCUGGUGACAGCUUGGCUCAACUCAGCAAGGGAGGGACAGUUCUAAUGGUAUGUAGGACUUGUGGUAAGAAAGGUGAUCACUGGACAUCUCGUUGCCCAUACAAGGAUCUUGCUCAACCGACAGAGGCUUUCAUUGAUAAACCGGCUGCAUCAGAGACUUCUCUUACCGCUUCUGCUGGGACCAAGGGAACGUCAACAUAUGUUCCUCCAAGCAUGAGAGCUGGUGCUGAGAGAACUGUGGGGUCAGAUAUGAGGAGGAGAAAUGAAGAAAACUCUGUGAGGGUCACCAAUUUAUCAGAAGACACCCGUGAGCCCGAUUUGCAUGAACUAUUCCACACAUUUGGCCCAGUCAGUCGGGUAUAUGUAGCUAUUGAUCAGAAAACUGGUAUGAGUAGGGGUUUUGGUUUUGUCAACUUCGUAAACAAGGAGGACGCUGAGAGGGCUAUCAACAAGCUUAAUGGAUAUGGUUACGACAAUCUCAUCCUCCGUGUUGAGUGGGCCGCCCCGAGAGCAAGUUAGGGAAUAUGGUGGGACUAGCCUUUUAGUUUCCUAGAUUUCCAAUCCAGUAUAUCAUGCUGGCAAGUGAGGUUUGUAACUCUUGGUUUCAUUAUAUGCAAGGGCCUUGCGUUUGAGUUUCUUCGGCAAUGAAUUAUUUAAAUGUAUUUGGUAGUUUAAUUUUAUUGUUUUGUUCAAUAUGUUGUGGAAUUAUAGCAUUUUUUUGAAGUACAGCCAUGUUCACAUGGCCAAAAUUAAACUA